AUGGAUGCCUCAAUGGACAUAUACCAGCCUCCCCUUUUCUUCCGUCCUCAAGGGAACAACCGUAUAUGCACCGGAGACCCCAAUAUGAUUCAUUCUCCGGGCAUUUGGGAUCGGGAUGGAGCAAAACACUUUCUCAGCUUUGCCCUUCCUCGCCUACAGCUUCAAUUGGCAAUCAUCUUCAUUGUCACCUACGCUCUUCAUACCCUUUUUAAGCGCUUCAAUCUUCCUCGUAUUGUAGCCGAAAUGACGUGUGGUUUCAUCCUAGGACCAACACUUCUGGGUAGGUUUUUGCCAAGAGUGUGGAAAUCAAUUUUCUCUCCAGAAGGAGAUAUAUACCUGGGUACCCUAGCUAAAGUGGGGUAUAUGUACUUAAUGUUCUUGAUUGGAGUCAAGAUGGACCCUAGUAAGAUUAAGGUAUCUGGAAGGAAGUCUUGGAUUAUUGGAGUUGUAUCCACUAUUUUACCUGUUAUGGUUGGUAUACAAGUAUCUCCCCGUGUGGCCGCUGUUGUAGGUUGGAUUAGGAAUCCUGCAAUUCGGUUCAUUAUUGGAACCCAAACCAUAGCUCAGUUCCCUGUUGUAGUGGGUCUACUCAUGGAUCUUAAGAUCAUGAACACAGAGCUCGGCCAUCUUGCUUUGACAGUUGCUUUGAUUCGGACUCUUCUCAGCAUUUUACUUUCAAUGCAGACCACGUUUCUAAGGGUUACUGCACAAGGCUCAAGUGCAGUCGGUGGUCAAUCAGCUCUUAUUUAUAUUGCUUGGUUUCUUUUUACACUUUAUGUUCUCCGCCCAAUAUUCCGAUGGAUGAUACGCAGGACCCCAGAAGGCAAGCAGGUUAGAGAUGAGUAUGUUGCCUUCAUUUGUUGUAUGGUUUUGUUAUCCGCCAUUAUAAGUGACAACGUGGGAGUUCUUUACCAUUAUGGCCCCAUCUGUCUCGGCCUCAUCGUACCAGUUGGCCCUCCUUUAGGAUCCACACUAGUUGACAGAUUGGAUACAAUGGUCACCGGUUGGCUGGCACCUUUGUUGUUCACUUUCUGUUCACUUCAAUCAGAUCUCUUCGAGAUCUACGAUAUGAAAUUUGAGAAGAUCUUGAUUGCUGUCCUUACCCUCUCCAAUAUCUUUAAGUUUGUCAUUGUUUUUAUUCCAACAAUAUCCUGCAAGGUACCUUUGAAAGAUUCCAUUGCCCUCUCCUUGAUUCUAAGUGCUGAAGGCAACGUUGAACUCGCAGGAUAUCUAGCAUACAGGGAAAAUGAUACAUUAGAUCUUCAGACAUUUUCGACAGUAUCGGGUUCUGUGCUGAUUUGCGCAGUAAUAAUACCGUUUCUGGUGAGGUGUUGCUACGACUAUUCCACAAUCUACAGAGGAUACCAGCAAAGAAACAUAGUCCGAACUUCAGAAGAUUCGGAUCUUAAGCUGCUUGUGAGCGCUCACAGGACAGACGACGCGACAGCGGCUUUGAAUCUUCUGGAAUGUAUGUGCCCGUCGAAAGACAGUCAGUUGUCAGUGUACGCAAUUCAUCUGUUGGAGCUAGCGGGUCGGGCCACUCCCCUUCUGAUUAACCAUCAGCUAGGACAAAAGUCAUCCGGUAGGAGCGGUUCUCGGUCUCAAGAGAUAAUCGACCUGUUUCAUUUCUACGAGAACAAGUUUCCUGGAGGAUUCUCGACUCAGAUAUUCACGGCCAUGUCCCUUACCAAGUUCAUGCACGACGACAUAUGCUCGCUUGCGUUUGAGAAGCAGGUGUGUUUCAUCAUCCUCCCGUUUCACAGGAAAUGGAGUGCUCAGGGGAGGUUAAUAUUGGACAACACGCCGGUGCGUAGCAUAAACCAGAACGUUCUGGAAAUGGCCCCCUGCUCGAUCGGAAUCCUGAUAGACAGGAGAAAGAUACAGGAGAUGGAAACGAGCGCGAGCCAUAGGAUGGCGGUUAUCUUCAUGGGUGGUAAGGACGACAGGGAGGCGUUGGCGUUUGCAAAACGGAUGGGGAGGAUGCCUGACUCGGAACUAACCAUCAUCCGGUUCCAGGCCACGGAAGAAUGGGAGAACAAUGCCUGGGACACGGUUCUGGACAUGGAAGCUUUGAAGGAUCUGAAGAUUAGAGCCUCCCAACCGGGCAGCACGAUAAUCUAUAAGGAGGAAAAGGUGAAGGAUGGUGCCGAAUUGGCUUCGCUUGUUCACUCAAUUGCAGAAGUUUAUGAUCUCAUCAUUGUUGGGAGACACCAUGCUGCUGCAGAGAAUUCGCCAAUGUUAACUGGUUUAACUGAAUGGAUGGAAUUGCCCGAGCUUGGCCCCAUUGGAGAUAUGCUCGCUUCUUCCGAUAUUCGCAGGCCCGUCUCUGCAUUGAUCGUGCAACAUCAAUUGCACGUUAACAAGUAA